CAAUUCCAGGCGGCACUGUUGACAUAGCUGUUCAAGAGGUCGCAGAGAACGGUUCUAUGAAGAAUAUUUACAAAGCUAGUGGUGGAGAUUGGGGCGGAACAAAGGUGGACGAUGCUUACAUGAAGUUUUUAGAAGACAUGUUAGGAAAAGAGACCAUUGAGGAAUUUAAACGGUCAAACAUGGACGAUUAUAUGUUCAUGAUUCGCGAAUUCGAACUGAAAAAGAGAACUGUUGAUCCAGUGAAAAGUGUUAAGCCGAUGAUCUUCAGGAUUCCAUUUGGGUUACUGGUAAAGAAUAUCAGGGGUAAGAAGAUUCACGAGGUCAUUAAGGAUUCCCCGUUUGACAGUACGGUAUCCAUCAAAGACGACAAAAUGAAAGUCAAUGUGAGUGUAGUUACGAACUUUUUCAAGACGCAAGUUGACGCUAUAGUUGAACACGUUUCAAACCUUAUUGACCAGUCGAUCAUCGGAGAUAUAGCUGCUGUUGUUCUAGUCGGAGGAUUCAGUAAUUGCCCCUUACUCCAACAAGCUAUGAGAACAAAGUUUGAUAAGCACACAAAUAUCGUCCCAAACGAUCCAGAGCUUGCCGUUUUGAAAGGAGCCGUGAUAUUUGGACAUAAACCAGAGCUGAUUUCCCAGCGUGUGAGCAAAUACACGUAUGGCACAAACAAAAGUGCGCAUUUUAUUGAACAUGUUCAUAGAGAAUCAUAUAAGGUAAAAGACGAGAACGGUGAUGCUUAUUGCGAACAUCUUUUUAGUAAACACAUUACAGCUGGGCAAUGCCUCAAUGUUCAAAAAGCACAAGUGGAAAAGAACUACCUUCCAUUUAAUUCAAAUCAAAUCGCAAUACGUUUUCCUAUAUAUUACACCCUUGAUCCAGAUCCGAUGUAUGUAACCGACGAAGGUUGCCACAUUGCAGACGAAUUGGAAGUUCCCAUAGAAGGGAGUGGACUUGCCCGAUCUGUUAACGUUCGAAUGAUUUACGGAGGGACUGAGAUUGAGGUUGAGGCCACCGAGGUCGCUACAGAGAAAGUGCAUCGUCUAAGAAUUGACUUCUUGAGCUAA